AUGAAGAAAUCGGAGCGACCAAAGGCAUUGAAACGCGAAGAUGGGGUCGAUUUUAUCAGUAGCAUGCCCGAUGCUAUUCUUGUUUUGAUUCUAUCACGUCUUUUUUUCACCAAAGAAACAAUUCGAAGCAGCAUCUUGUCCAGACGAUGGAGUAUGUGGACGGUAGGACGGUGGAUUCAUGCCGCCGUUACAAGAAAUGUCAAAAAACUUGAAUUGACGCUUUCCCCUAACCAGAAUUAUGAAGAUAUUGAGAUGCCCCAUUGUCUUGUGACCAGCGGUUCGGUGGAGGUAUUAGAGUUGGAUUUGUCACGACGUGGUUUAAAGUUACCCAAUAUUAUGGGGUUCCCGACCCUUAGGGUUCUUGAAUUGGAAAGUGUUAACUUAUUGGAAGACGACGAUUUGCUCAAGAAGCUAACGAUAUUUAACGGGAAUGAAGAUGAGGGCAUGUGUGGUAGCAUUAAGGUUUCCUGCCCAAAACUGGUGCAUUUGGAUACAACAGGUCAUAUAGCUUAUAAUUUGUACUUUGAAUGUUUAGACUCCUUGAAGGAAGCUGCGAUUGACCCUGAAUUGGAAGGAAACAUCAAAUCUGUGUUGUUUCCUGGAAUUUCUCAAGUGGAAUCUUUGUUGACCGACGUUUACUUCUUCAGUCAGUGUAUUAAUGCUGCACGUGAUCCUUCUCUACCUAAUCUGAAGACUCUGUCUCUCAAGUUGGUCAUCAAAAAGCAAUUUUAUGGACGGGAAGAGUGGGAAUCGCAUGAAGGUGGCAGAAAGAGAAUCAUGACUCCUGAUCUGAAAAGUGCCGAGUUUUUUGAAUUCAAGGGAGAAAAACCGAAAGUUUCAGACUGGGAUGAAGUUAGAUGUUUGGAAAUGGUUUUUAGUUGGGAAUCAAUUGUAAGUUGUCAAGAGCAAUGGCCAUGGAGGAGACUCGGUCACAUGAGAAAUUCGAGAGUGUACAUCCAUAAAAUCUAA